UAUUUGGACUCUAAUUUACAAGCAAGAUUGUCCAUAUCCAUAUUCAUAUUAAAGUGAGCUACGACCCCAUGAAUUUAGAUGAAAACAAUUGCAAAAAUGGUGUUACCAAAUGUUACAACACCAUUCUCUUCAUUCUCAAUCCACAAAACACUUAGAACACAAACAACACCACCAACAAAUUACUUAAAACCUUCACUUUCAAAUUCAAUCACAAACAUGUCAUCAUUCCCCAAAAACACAAACAGAAAACUUCCAAUUCUGUUAUUUGACAUCAUGGAUACAAUUGUUCGUGACCCUUUUUACAAAGACAUCCCAGAAUUCUUUGGAAUGUCUUUCAAUGAACUCAUAGAUUGCAAACAUCCAACUUCAUGGAUUGAAUUUGAAAAGGGUCUUAUUGAUGAGGCAGAGCUAGAAAGAAAGUUUUUUAAGGAUGGAAGGGAUUUUGAUUUAGAAGGCCUUAAAACUUGUAUGAGAAAUGGGUAUUCAUACAUAGAAGGGGUUGAACAAUUGCUUCUUGCCUUAAAGAAAAAUAACUUUGAGAUGCAUGCUUUUACUAAUUAUCCUAUAUGGUAUCAGUUGAUCGAAGACAAGUUAAAGCUAUCAAAAUAUUUAUCUUGGACGUUUUGUUCGUGUACACUUGGAAAGAGGAAACCGGAUACUGAAUUCUAUAAGGAAGUUGUGAGACAUCUUGAAGUUGAUCCAGAAUAUUGUAUUUUCAUAGAUGACAGGCCAAAAAAUGUGCAGGCAGCAGCUGAAGUUGGGAUCAAGGGUGUACAUUUCAAGAAUGUCGAUUUACUGCGCGAAGAAUUGUCAUUGUUGGGGGUUGACAUUUCAACUGAUGAAGAUCAAUAGUUUUUUUAUUUUUUUAUUUCUCUCAAUACACCAAUUUCUUUUACACGGUGAAAAAGGGAUAAGCCAGAUUCUUAAUUGUAUAUUAUUCAUUCAUAUCAUGCUAUUGAGCUUUGUUAAAAUGAAGGUUUAAGUCUA